AGAACAAGAUCUCAUCCACAAACCGCCAUUAGAACAUUUCUCUCUAUAUAAAAACUGCUUCUCUGUUUUCUUUUUCCCUCCAUUGUUGGUGUCUUUGUAUUCUGUAUAUGUUGUUGUUGAUGAGUUUUUGAGAGAGGCGUGAACAAAUAAUGUCGAUUGCGGUGGAUAGUAAUCGGAGGAUUGACAUUGAAGCGUCUGGAUUAGCGCGUGGUGGCGUCGCGUGCGUGCCGGCCACCGCAGUCUUCGAUUCUCUGGAUGAGCGUAGAGAAGUGAACGCGGCGGUGGAGGGAGAGGCGGAGGUGUGUAGUUCGUCUUCAACUUCGUCGAUCGGGCAGAAUAGUGAUUUGAGUGCGAGGUCAGGAUCGGAAGGUGAGGAUGGCGAGGAAAAUGAGGUUCAAAGCAAGUACAAGGGGACACUUGAUUCCAUGGAGGCUCUCGAGGAGGUUUUGCCUAUCAGGAGGGGCAUAUCGAAUUUCUACCAUGGCAAAUCGAAGUCCUUCACUAGUCUGGCUGAGGCUGCUUCUAACUCUGUCAAAGACAUUGCAAAGGCAGAGAAUGCAUAUACGAGGAGACGCAGGAAUUUACUUGGCUUCAAUCUUAUAUGGGACAAUAAGAGAAAUGGCAGAGGUGGGAUAUCUAAGAGACCAAUCAGCACCAGCCGGAGCGCGGUGGCAUUGGCAAUGGCUUUGAGCAGCUCAGAGAGCAUCAGUAACACAAGCGAUGAUUCAAAUUCAAGCUCAUAUUCAAGAUCACCUCCUCGUCUUCCACCAUUGCAUCCACUUACUAGGGCAUCUUAUGGUAACUUGGCAGUAUCAUCACCACCAUUGCCCUCUCCUCAACAUAAAAAGCUAUCUCCUUGGCGCUCCUACUCUUUGGCUGACUUGCAACAAAGUGCCCCUCGAAUGGAAAAUACAAAUUCGUAUGGCUCUUUAUCCAGUGACGAAAGACAAUAACUGUAAGGCCGACUAAAGUACUUGGUGGUGGUUGUGUUGGGUAUGAGCAGGUCUAUAUGUGAACGGUAAUUUUGAGCUGGUGGCCUGGUGGGUGUUCAUGGCCUGCUCUUAGCGGUGCAAAGGUCUCGCACCAAUGACAUGGACCAUGGAAACCGUAACCGUUUAACAAGCCUAAAAUCCUUUCUGAUGUCAUUGGAUUGGUAGUUUCACAAGUAACAGAGGUCCUUUUCGAUGUUGCAAUAUCGCUCCUCCUCUGCAGAAACAGAACUGUGAAAACAUGUAUCCUUGUCAAUGAACGAAGAAAAAUUGAAGCUCAAAAUCUUGAAAGCAA